GCACUGUUGUCGCCAGCGUUCGAGUAUCUAGUUUAAGAAGCUCCCUAUCUCCCUCGGAAUGGUGCCUCCCGUUGUGCCUAACUCGGCUGACGAGAACAGGCCCACUCUCGACGAUGGCGACGUCACUGGCCUUUGGGCCUCCAUCACAAUCCGCAGUCGAAACCACAUGACUGAGGCCGACGUGGCCGAGAUAGUUGAAUUCUUCGGUAUCGUCGGGCCCGUAUCGUUGCCUCCAUGAGGCGCCUAGAAGUCAGGUUCCCAGGCCUCAUUGCGGGCGGCGGAGCAGCGCACCGGGGCACGAGAUGUGCGAGUCCAGCGCGGGACAAACGCACGACGACGCAUUCAACCGCCGCCGUCAGCUCCUUCGCGCAACAAGGUGGCCCGCCAUCAGGGUUCGUAUGCUGCGGUCUCCUCCUCCACCGUCGUCAUAUUACGGGGGGGUGGAGCGUGUGUGGCAAGGUGCGACACACAACUGGCCGCACAGGUCGUGGUACGACAACGACGUAAGCACACGUCGCAUGUUCCUCCAUCGAGAGAAGAGUGAGAGAGUGAGAGAGAGAGAGAGAGAGAGAGAGGGAGAGAGAGAGAGAGAAGAGCGAAAUGAAGAGAAAGAGAGAGAGAGAGAGAGAGAGAGAGAGAGAGAGAGAGAGAGAGAGAGAGAGAGAGAGAGAGAGAGAGAGAGAGAGAGAGAUAGAAGUGAGAGAGAGAGAGAGAGAGAGAGAGAGAGAGAGAGAGAGAGAGAGAGAGAGAGAGAGAGAGAGGGAGAGAGAGAGAGAAAGAGCAAAAUGAAGAGAAAGAGAGAGAGAGAGAGAGAGAGAGAGAGAGAGAGAGAGAGAGAGAGAGAGAGAGAGAGAGAGAGAGAGAGAGAUAGAAGGGAGAGAGAGAGAGGAGAGAGAGCAAGAGAGAGACACAGAGAGAGAGAGAGAGAGAGAGAGAGAGAGAGAGAGAGAGAGAGAGAGAGAGAGAGAGAGAGAGAGAGAGCAAGAGAGCGAGAGGGAGAGGGAGAGAUAGAGCGAAGGAGAGAGAGAGAGAGAGGGAGAGAGAGAGAGAGAGAGAGAGAGAGAGAGAGAGAGAGAGAGAGAGAGAGAGAGAGUGAGAGAGAGAGAGAGAGAGAGAGAGAGAGAGAGAGAGAGAGAGAGAGAGAGAGAGAGAGAGAGAGAGAGAGAGAGAAUAGGAGAGAUACAGAGAGCGAGCGGUUGAUAGACAGGGAGAGGGAGAGAGAGAGGGAGAUAGAGCGGAUGGCGUGGCGUCGACGCCAGGAGAGGCUCGACUGCGAGACCUGCAUCCGAUAUUCAUAUCAUUAGCAAAUGGGUGUCAGUAGCAACCUGUCGUGCCUGUCGUGAAGCUCCCUGUUUUUAAACAAGCAUAGUACCUCCUAUUCUCGACAAAGGCGGUAGCCGUGUGUGUGCAUUUGGGGAGCUUGCGAAAACUGAUUUGCCCGUGCUGGAAACUAGACGGUGCCUCUGUCACAUUUGUGUAUAAAACAAGCCAUCUGUG